UCUUUCAACUCUUCAAUUUCAAUCCUCUCUUCUGUAUAGCUCAAGAUGCUUCCAAAGUUCAUAACCCAUUUCAAGUUGGAAUCCCAAGAAGAGAAGCAGCUGAACAAAAGAAGAAAGCAUGUGAAUUCAUUUGACAGUACCACCAUGGAUGUUGGUUUGAGACUGCUUCCUCAAAUUACAAGCUCAAAGAGCACCUCAAACGUCCUUGUGAAAUCUGCAAUGAGAAAACCAAACCAAACCAACCCUUUAGAUUUUUGCUUCCUUCAAACUUGCAAUCUAUGCAAUAAACAGCUCAGCCCAGACAAAGAUAUCUACAUGUACAGGGGCGAUCAAGGAUUCUGCAGUAUAGAGUGUCGGAAUAGACAAAUAGUUUUGGAUGAGAUGAGAGAAAUAGAGAGUUCUACCAAGAAAAUGGUAGCGUCUUAUAGGCCAUGUUGUAACGAGGCACGUAGAGAGACUCGUCUUAUACUAGAGGAUCUCCGAAUGCAGAGACUUAAAUCUAAAGUCUAAACCAAAGUAUUAAUUCGUUGCAAUAAAAAUCAUGGCAAUAAUUUUUAUGAAUCCCUUCAUUUUGCUCAUAAAGUAUGAGGUUAAGGUAUGAUUUACGAAAAAUGUUAUACCAUCGUUUAUUUUUUAAAAUUUUUAACAGCAAGA